CGCAGUCCUCGAGUUUACGCCUUGGCCCCAUCAAUCCUCUCGAUACUCCGAGCUUGUUCGCGCGCCCUGCACAGCGCCGCGGCGGCGACCUUUCGCACACCCACGCCCCUUCUCCUCCCUCCGCCCGCGGCAGCGUGCCUCGCAGCCACGCACGCCUCCGACCGCCGUCGCCGGUGCCCCACCGCCACAGGCUCUAAUGGCCCAUGCCCCCCACGGUCAGAUGGAGCACGCCCCAACCGGGCGGGAUUACGCGCCGCACAUUGUGUGGAACGUCGUCACCCGCAGAUGAUCUCGCACGGCCAGAUCCGGCGCGCAGACUUCGCCGCCGGCCGACGCACAGACAUAGCGUCGCAGGCGGCGAUCCGGGCGGGGCAGCCCCAGGCGAUCCAGUGCCAGCCCGGACUUGCCGCUCCGGGCACCGCCGUGUCGGUCUCCGCCCCGCCGAACCCGGGUGCUGCGGUUGACGUGUCGGUCCCUGCCGGUGGCGCUCAGCAGACGGAAGCGGCGCAGCAGCAGCUGGCACUGCAGCAGCAGCAGCAGGCUUUGCAGCAGCAGCAGUUGGCACUGCAGCAGCAGCAGCAGGCAUCGCAGCUCUCGAUGGCCCUCCCGAUGGCGAUGCAGCAGCAGCAGGCGAUGGCGCAGCAGCAGCGCGCCAUGGUGCAGCAGCAGCCCGGCGGCGCCGCCGCCGUCGCUGUCAGCGCCCCCCCUCCGGGUGGCGGCCCUCCGGGUGGGAUUCCCGCGUCCGGGCUACCCCCAGGGUACGGUCUCGGGCCCGAGGCGCUGGCUGCGGCCAGCGUCGCGGCCAGCGUCGCGGCCAGCGUCGCAGGCGGCGCCCCGGCGGCGUGCGCCCCUCCGGCCAUGGCGCAACCGGGCCAGUUGGCGCAGCUGGGCUACGCCGACCCGCGCUUCUACCACGGCAUGAUGCCGACGCUGCCGGCCAUGGCCACAGCGGUGCAUUACCCCCCCGGCUACCCGGGGGCGUGCUUGGGCGCCUACCCCGCCCCGGGCCACCCCCCCGCGGCGGCGCAGUGGCCGCCGCCGCCUGCUGGUUUCGGAUCAUUCGCUUUUGCGCCGCCGUCCGCCAGCAGCGGUGGGAUGCCACCCACAAGCGGCGGGAUGCCGCCCACAGCGAUGCGGCUGGUCGCACCGCCGCCGCCGGCGGCUCCGCCGACAAUGGCGCCUGCGCCGGCCGUGGGCAGUAGUGCGCCGGGCUCGGCGUUGCCGGCGAUUUCGCCGCAGCGGCCGCUGCCGCAGCCGAUGCCGGCGCCUGUCCUGCCGACCGUGCCGACUGUGCCGGCGCCGGCUGUCACGCCGGGGCGACUCCCACCCCUCGAGAACCGCAUCGCCGAUGCCAGCCCGCCCGCCGCCGAGCAGCCACCCGCCUCCGUCGCGAGUGCGAUCGCGGCCGCAAAAAGCGCGGCCCCAAAAAGCGCGGCCCCAAAAGGCGCGGCCCCGCCCGCGCUCGCGCCGUCGGCGUCCGCCGAGUCUGAGGGUGUGGACGAGGGGGCGGCGGCGGCGCUUCGCGCAUUGGCUGGCGCCGGCGCGUCCUCUGCGCUCGUGGCCGCCUCGCCGGCGGCGGCCGGCGGCGAGACUUGCGCCUAUCCCAACUACCCGCCGCCGCCGCCUUGCGGCAACAGUGGGCUCGCGGCGGACCGGUGGCAGCCAUCGGCGGGCGACGUGAUGUUGCUCGAGCGCGUCUUCGAGAUGGAGCCGCUGCCGUGCCGCGCCACCCGCGAGCAGCUGGCGACGCACUUCAGCAUCACCUCGCGGCAGGUGCAGGUCUGGUUCCAAAACAAGCGUCAGCGCGUGCGCGUGCGGGCGGCCCGGGACGGGUUGCUGCCCCCCCCUGGCCAGCCGCUCGAGAAGCGGCCUGCCGAGCCCAGCGACGCUGUCGGAGGGGGCGGUGGAGGGAGCGGUGGCGGCGGCGAGGCGGCGAGGGGUAGCGGCGGGGGCGAGGCCAAGGGCCAAGGGUUGGCGGCGAGCGCGGGCGGCGGCGCCCGCAGCGGCGGCGCCACCGGCCGUCCGACGCGAGAGGAAUCGGCGAGCGAGUCCGCGCUCGACGGCUUGGUCGCACUCUUUGACCCCGCGGCGCGCGUGGCGCGGACGACCAGCGGUGGCCGCGAGAUCUACCAUCUCAAGACGGCCGCGUCAGGCGAGGGGGGCAGCGAGCAGGGCGCCUCGAGCGGGUCGGACUUGGUCAAGGCGGUGCAGGCGCGGCUCAAGCCCGCCGCCUUCGACCAGGGGCGGCUGCAGCCUAGGGCUGGCCACCACGGCCCCGCUCUGACGCCAAAGCUGAAGCUGCAACCGCGCGGCAGGGGCGCGGGCAAGCUGGGCGAGGGGGGCGCGUCCUCCCUGAGCCACGCCGAGGUGAUGCGCCGGCUCGCUGCGAUGGGCUGCUGUGAGAAGGACCCGCUCUGCACCCGCGGCUUCAAGCACGGGGGCAAGGGCGGGCCCUGUUCGCGCAAGCGCGUGCGCGCGGGCGCCGAUGCACCCGCCACCGCGGCCGGCGGUGGGGCGGAGGCGGAUGGCGGCGGCGACGGCGACGGCGACGGCGAGCCGCGGCUGCUCCUCGAGGCAUGGGCCGAGGUGUUGCGCAAGUGCGAGGAGUCGGCCGACUGGAUGCCGAGUCGCGUCCUGAUCCAGCGCUGCCUCAACGCGGACGGCGUGAGCGCCGAGGCGGCCAAGCGCAUCAAGCAGCUCCUCGAGCGGGUGCUCCUCGCCACGGGUCGGCCGAUCGUCGCGCGGGCACCCGCCGGUUGGGGGUCGUCUGACAGCGAGAGCGACGAAGGCGGCGGCGGCGGUGGCGGCGGCGGCGGCGGCGGCGGGGUGGGGACGUACGAGGCAGCGAGGCUCGCGCCAGGGGACAUUGGCCAGUGCGCGAAGGCGGGCUGGCGACGUUCACACGGAGUGCGCAUGGAGGCGGACCCGCUGUGCACGCGCGGCUACAAGCAUUGCGGCAAGGGGGGCCGCUGCUCGCACGCGCCCCGGCAGGCAACCUUCCUGCCGCGCCUCAACCGCAGGUGGCGGGGCAGCGAGAUCGUGCCCGCCGCCGGCUCGGCUGCCGGCGCGGGGGACGGCGAGCCGGGUUUGCCCAAGAGGCAGGCCGUGGCGGCCGGCACGGACGUGGCAGGCCCCCCGACAAGCGCGAGUGGCGCCAGCGGGGCUGAGAUCACAGAGGCGCCAGCCUCCGGCGAGAGCGCCGACGGCGCCUCCGAGCCCGGGGGCGGCUCGGGUGGGUCUAGCUCUGAGGGCUCCGGCGAGGAGGGGAGCUCGGAUGAGUCGAGCUCAGAAUCGGAGGACGACGACGAUCGCGAGCUGGUGGAAGAGUCGCCGAUGGAGGAGAGCCCCCCCCGCCGCCCCCCCACCUCAGACAGCUCCCCGAGCCCUUGA